GGCGUGGGCUCCUCCACAGCAUCAUCGCUCGCUUCACAGCAACAGCCUCCUCCUUCUCCUCUUCCUCCUCAUCAUCACCACCGCCACCAUCCUCAUCCUCACCGGGGCUGAGACAUCGCAGGCAUCGAGGGGGAUUGACCCAUCAAGCUGACGUGACCAUCAUCCUCCAAUCCUCGCAUCUCCCGACCUCGCAAGAUGGAGGACGGCUAUCAGAACCGGACCGCCUUCAUCAAAGGUGCCAAAGACAUCGCCAAGGAGGUGAAGCGCCAGGCCUCCAAGAAGGUGGGCCGCACGGUGGACCGCAUGAACGACGAGUACAGCCGGCGCUCCUACAGCCGCUUCGAGGAGGACGAUGACGACGACUACCCGGUGCAAGGCAGCCAGGACGGCGGCGGCUACUACCGCGGCGACAGCCAGGCGGCCGACGAUGACGAGGGCGGCCACAGCGACUCCACCGAGGGCCACGACGAGGAUGACGAGAUCUACGAGGGCGAGUACCAGGGCAUCCCCAGGGCCGACUCGGGCAAGGGGAGCCUGGCCGGGGGACCCGGAUCCGUGGCGGCGGGUGCUCAGCAGUUCCGAGACGUGGGCGUGUCCGAGGCGGAGAGGAGGAAAGACCAGGAGGAGCUGGCCCAGCAGUACGAGACCAUCCUGCAGGAGUGCGGACACGGAAAGUUCCAGUGGACCCUCUACUUUGUGCUGGGCUUGGCGCUGAUGGCCGACGGCGUGGAGAUCUUUGUGGUGGGCUUCGUCCUCCCCAGCGCUGAGAAGGACAUGUGUCUGUCUGAACCCAACAAGAGCAUGCUGGGCCUGAUUGUGUAUUUCGGCAUGAUGGUGGGGGCCUUCCUCUGGGGAGCUCUGGCCGACCGCAUCGGCCGCCGCCAGUCUCUCCUCAUCUCCCUCUCCAUCAACAGCAUCUUCUCCUUCUUCUCGUCGUUCGUGCAGGGCUACAGCACCUUCCUCUUCUGCAGGCUCCUGUCAGGUGUUGGCAUCGGAGGCUCCAUCCCCAUCGUCUUCUCCUACUACUCGGAGUUCCUGUCCCAGGAGAAGCGAGGCGAACACCUCAGCUGGCUCUGCAUGUUCUGGAUGAUUGGUGGGAUUUACGCCUCGGCCAUGGCGUGGGCCAUCAUCCCCCACUACGGAUGGAGCUUCCAGAUGGGCUCGGCGUAUCAGUUCCACAGCUGGCGUGUGUUUGUGCUAGUGUGCGCCUUUCCCUCCGUGGCCGCCAUCGCCGCCCUCAACGCCAUGCCGGAGAGCCCACGCUUCUACCUGGAGAAUGGAAAACACGAUGAAGGCUGGAUGAUCCUCAAGCAAGUUCACGACACCAACAUGAGGGCCAAGGGACACCCGGAGAAAGUCUUCACUGUCACCACCAUCAAGACGGUCAAACAGAUGGAUGAGUUGGUGGACACGGGCACCGACACGCCCGUCUGGCAACGCUACAGGCUCAAGAUCGUGAGCCUCUCCCAGCAGAUUCGGAAUAAUAUUAUUGCCUGCUUCACGCCGGAAUACAAACGGACGACUUUCAUGCUGAUGGCUGUUUGGUUCACCAUGUCUUUCAGCUACUACGGCCUGACCGUGUGGUUCCCGGACAUGAUCAAGUACAUCCAGAAGCAGGAGUACGAGUCCCGUACCAAGACCUUCAGCAAGGAGCGCGUGGAGCACGUCACCUUUAACUUCACCCUGGAAAACCAGGUGCACCGCCAAGGCCACUACUUCAACGACAAGUUCCUCAACCUGAAGAUGAAGUCCAUGGUGUUUGAGGACUCGGUGUUUGAGGAGUGCUACUUCGAGGACAUCACCUCCACGCACACCGUCUUCAGGAACUGCACCUUCAUCGCCAGCCUGUUUUAUAACACAGACUUGUUCAAGUACAGGUUUGUGGACUGCAAGCUGGUGAACAGCACGUUCCUUCACAACAAGGAGGGUUGCAUCCUGGACUUCAGUGACGACUUCAACAACGCCUACAUGAUCUACUUCGUCAACUUCCUCGGCACGCUGGCCGUCCUGCCCGGCAACAUCGUCUCGGCUCUGCUGAUGGACAAAAUAGGCCGUCUGAGGAUGCUGGCGGGGUCCAGCGUCAUAUCGUGUGUCAGCUGCUUCUUCCUGAUGUUUGGAAAUAGUGAGUCGGGGAUGAUCGCCCUCUUGUGUCUCUUUGGCGGCAUCAGCAUCGCCUCUUGGAACGCUUUGGAUGUCAUAACGGUGGAACUCUACCCCUCUGACAAAAGGACCACGGCCUUCGGCUUCUUGAACGCCCUGUGCAAGGUGGCGGCCGUCCUGGGCAUCAGCAUCUUCCAGUCCUUUGUGGGCAUCACCAAGGCCGUGCCCAUCCUCUUUGCCGCCGGUGCCCUGGCCGCAGGUAGUUUCCUCGCCACAAAGUUGCCUGAAACGCGGGGUCAGGUGCUGCAGUAGUAGCGGGUGUCCAGCUGCGGGUGUCCCAAGCUCGGAGCGAGUGCAUGACAACUGGGGGCCCGAGCAUCCCUUGAGAGCUUCAGCGCCGCCUGUCUGUCACACUCCCAAACCAUCACACACAUGCACACACACUCGUACACACACACACACACACACACACACACACACACAGAGUCCCCAUUAUUUUCUCAAGUCCAGAAUCCUAUGAAAUGUGGAUGACGUAUGUGGAUGACGUCAUUGUGAAUGACACGAGAGCACGCAGGCCCAUAGAAAACAAGCCAUUUUCCUAGAGAGCGUCGCAAUAUUAUUUUCUUCUUUCAUGACUUGGUUACGUGAUUUAACAAUUGUAUCCAAGCAUUAUUUUUGAGUCCAAUUUGUUUACAUUUGUUCUUACUGCCUUCAUCUCUUCCUCCAAAUGUCAAAUGGGGAUAAAGUACACUUCCCUGCGUAUCUCCGAUCGCCUUGUUAAAAAUCACAGAGCGCCCUCUGUUGGGAGUAUUUUUUAUUUCAAGUCCAGUGUUGACGAUAGCGUUGCCUAAAUUAGUUUUAAUGUGCAAAUGUGUUACAUACAGUAUAUUUGUGUGUGUGUGUGAGAGAGAGAGAGUAGAAACUCGCGUCAUUCCAAGAUUUUCUCAUAAAAAAAAACUAUUACUAUUGAUUGCUUCUGAAGAGCAGAAUGUACCAAGCAUCAGCAGAGUUUACACUAUUUACAGACUCGACACAGAAGCUCAGGUGAGUGCUUCACUUAUGUUUACAUAAAUUAGUCAUAUUUUCUGCUAUUUUGGAACGAUCAACUUGCUUGUUUAUAAUGAUAUAUAACUCCAUGAUAGUCGUAAGCACAAAUGGGACCAAUCUAAAAGUAGUUUUUGAUCACACAAUAAGGCACAAAAACGGAACACACAUAACAAUAACGUUAUUAAAAGACACGUUUACGUUUGAUACUUUGAGGCUUAGAAACAUAAUUCUCCCCAAGUGUACAUUAAAUCUGUGUGCGGACAAUCAACGAGUGAGGGUUGAAUGCAUUGUGUGUGCUUAUGUUUAGCCUAGCCUAGCAAAAACGGCACUUAGCUCAGUUUGACCUUGAAACAGCGGGCAAAGCAGCUAUUAACUUUAAGUUAAAAACCACAAAAACGUUGGAGAGUGAAGCUAAUCAUUUUAAAAAGAGAAGUCUUAUAGCAAAUUCCACACAUCUUUGACUGUUCGCUGCUUCGCCUGACUUCCGGUUUGUAGGCUUAAGGUAGCUAGGCUAACGGUUAGAGUGAAUGUGUUUCACUCACAAAAUUUGUCUAAAUGACGAAGUAAAUGUGUAGUUUGAGAGAUUGUUUUGCAUUAAUAACAUUUGACACAUUGUUAUUUUUUUCUUGUGCAUUAUUUAAGAAAUACACCUCAUAUAUGCAGCGUGGCGUUUAAACGUAGGAACUGAGACUGGGGUUGCUCUCUUGAGUUAUUUACAAAAGAAAAAAAGAGAAAAAUCCUCAAUUUACAGCCGACUUGACUCAAUUCAAGUCAAGUCAUCGUGCGUGACGCAUGUUUAUGUCGUAUUGUCUGACUUUUUGGACGUCCUUGUAUGCCAGCCAGUUUGUGUCUUUUGAAAAGCCAGUUUUUUCAAUGUCCGAUGACGACGACUACAUUGAUUCGUUGCUUGCAGUGGUUGUUCUUGGUUAAAAAGUGGGGUUAACAUUGGUGAAAUGUUGAGUAUGUGUUCUGGAAGUGGUGACUGUGCUCCUUUAUUUUGUAUUUAUUUUUGAAACAUAUGUAUACACCCAAAUUACUCAAGAGUAAUGUAAUAGUAAUGUUGAGAAAUGGGCCGUCGGCCAUCUUUGAUUGGGGCAAUAACCGCUAAACCUGAAAGUCAUCCAAAGAGUGCCCUUGAUAACUAAUAAAUGUUACUAUGUGUAGAAUGAAAUAUAAAUAUAAACACAUACAGUAUAUUGUAUAUGUAAAGCUAUCAAAUGGUUCCCUAUCGUUUGUUGGACUCCAAAAUGAAGACAGUUUCAGUUUUUCCGAUCAGAUCAAAAGAUGGACUUUUUGUCUUAAAAUGGACACAAGGACAAAUCCAUGCCGGAAAAUCCCAAAUCUGGACGAAGAACUGCAAGAAUCCAUCAUAGUUGGACUAUUUUUUGUUUUUCCCAAUCUUUAUUUGAACAAAAACUAUUUUAAAUGUGAGUGCAAUUGAAAAAAAAAAAGAAUCAAUGUAAACUGUAAAAAAAUUGAUGUUUGUAUGUGCAAGUCUGGAAAUUGUGGCAAAUUUAGGAAAACUAUUUGGCAGAUGAGAAAACAAAAAAAGUGUACAAAAUUCUAUGGGUGUGUUUGUUUCAUUAAAAAGGUAGGUUCA